AUGCGUGACCUCGGCUCUAAGAUGGCCGAGCUUAAAUUUGAGGCUCCUUUGGCAAAACUUGACGAAACCGAUGACUGGGCUGGUUGCGAUUAUAUCUCCAAUCAAAACACACUAAGCGAUUCUUUAAAUUUAAAUCUCAAAGAUCCUUUGGCUGCCCAGGAAAAUAAGAUGCGUUUGUUAGAGGAGGCCGUACGUGAUGCUCACGUCAGUAAAAAUGGUUCACCAUUUGCUACUGGAGGUCUUAGUCCCAAUUGUAAUAGUUUGUUAGCUGCCGAAAUGGGUUUCGAUGGUUUUGCUGGCGGUGAUUGCAAUAACGAAAUGACUUCUGGCAUGGGCAAGGCCGCCUCAUUUUCUAUGGAAACUGUCGACAAUUUCGGCGAAACAUUCGGUGGCAGCUUAGAAGAUUUGGUUAAUACGUUCGAUGAGAAAAUCACCAAAUGUUUUGGUAACUAUGAAGAGAACGUAGAAACAUUGGCACCCGUACAAGUCCGAAGCCAGGAAGAAAUUAUGAAUGAAUGCCAAAUGUGGUGGACUAUAACCGGUAAUUUUGGCAAUAUAUUACCCAUUGACUGGUCGAAAUCUUAUGCUCGCAAAUUACAUAUGUCGACUUUGAAUUUGGGUGAAAAACCGGUUAAGAAAGACGACGCUCCCGGUACGCCAGGCGAUGAAAUGAAUAGUGAAGAUGAGGCCAUAGCCAAUGAUUUGGAUAUGCAUGCUUUAAUAUUGAACGGUUUAAACAAUGAACCCGAUGAGCCCAUAAAAAGUGUUGAGGAAGUUAUUAAGGAAAUCGAAUAUAUUAUCGAUGAGGCCGAUAAUCCCGAAGAAGAAACCGAACCAUGCGUAUCCGAAAUAAUGGAAAAAGCCAAAGAGGUUUUAGGUACCCCUCUUUACGCCGAAAAAUUGCAAUACUUAUCAAUAAUGCAACUGAAUGAACUCUAUAUGGAAAUGGAAGUCUUAAUACAAGAGCUUAGCGAAACUCUAAUCAAUGAACUGGCCUUGCGCGAUGAAUUGGAAUAUGAAAAGGAAUUGAAAAACUCAUUUAUUUCGCUGUUAUUGGCCGUGCAGAAUAAACGGCGCCAGUAUCACGUCGAAAAGAAACGAGGCAAAUUUCAAGGACCAGAACCGAAAUACUUGACAACAGUCAUACCGUAUCACAUGGAAAUGGGUACACCAAACAAUCAAAGUUUGCAAGUAUUAAUAAAAAUACUCAAAGCCAUUAAUGAGGACAGUCCAACUGUGCCCACGCUAUUAACGGAUUAUAUAUUGAAGGUGUUAUGCCCAACAUAAAUUUUUAGCUGUAAACUUUAAUAUACAGCUUUCUCUCUUUUUUCUUCUUUACUUUUUCAUUUUAUUGUAUUUAUUAUAUGUGUUUGUGCGUAUAUUUAGUUGUAAGUUUUAGAGAACAAAAAAACGAAAAAAGAAAACAAAAAAAAAUAAAAAAAA